AUGUCGCAUCAAGACUCUGAGCCCGAAGAGGCCAUCACCAAAGAAGAGAUUGAAGGGAAAGCGCCUGUAUCAGCUCGCAAUGCCUUCACGGAGCUCAUGACGCCGAAACGAAAGGCGCCCCCGUCCGCUCCGCCGCCUAGAAUGUCGCGAGGAGGAAACCCUUUCAGAGACCGCAUGGGUCUGGGUGCGUACCUUGAAGAUCCAGCCUCGUACCCGUCUUCGCGCGUCAUCUAUCACAACGACUCAUUCGUCGCCAUAAAUGAUCGAUACCCCAAGGCAACAAUCCACACCCUCCUCCUUCCACGCUCAACAAAGCAUAAUCUCCUGCAUCCUUUUGAAGCAUUCGACGAUCCCGAGUUUCUAGCUAGCGUAAAGGCCGAGACGGCGCGCCUUAGAGCUCUGGUGGUGAAGGAGCUGCAACGCCGUCUCGGGCCGGAGAGCCGCAGCGACGCAAAACGACAGGCCGUCCUCAAUGGGGACGCAGAGCCCGGCGAGAGCGGGGAGCUGCCGGCGGGACGGGACUGGGAUGCAGAGGUCAUUUCCGGAGUCCACGCCGUGCCCAGCAUGCGGCAUCUGCACGUGCACGUCUUGUCGCGCGAGAUGUACUCGGAGGCACUGAGGCACCGGAAGCAUUACAAUUCCUUCAACACGCCGUUUCUAGUCAACGUUGAUGACUUUCCGCUGGCAGCUGAUGAUCCACGGCGAAACACAAAGGAGGAGGCGUAUCUAAAAUGGAAUAUGAAGUGCUGGAGGUGUGGUCAGGACUUUGGGAACCAGUUCCAAAAGCUCAAGGAGCAUCUCAAAGACGAGUACGAGACGUGGAAGAAGAUUUGA